AUGGCCGCUCUUGACGUCAAUCAUCCAAUCACCAACCACAAAACUGCGAUUAUUCGUAACUACACCACCAAGCCAAGACUUGGUGAGUUUAAAACUUAUAUGUUCUUUCAAAUAAUCAAUAUUAUUUGUUUGCAGUUUACCAAACAGUCGCUGGAGUCAACGGUCCACUUGUUAUCCUCAACGAUGUCAAAUUCCCACAAUUCAACGAAAUCGUAAAGAUUACUUUGCCAGAUGGUUCAAAGAGAUCCGGACAAGUUCUUGAAAUCACCAGAAACAAGGCUGUCGUCCAAGUUUUCGAAGGAACCUCAGGAAUUGACGCCAAAAACACCAUUUGCGAAUUCACCGGAGAUAUUUUGAGAUCACCAGUGUCUGAAGAUAUGCUUGGACGUAUUUUCAACGGAUCCGGAAAGCCAAUCGAUAAAGGACCACCAGUUCUUGCCGAAGAUUUCUUGGAUAUCAACGGUCAACCAAUCAACCCAUGGUCUCGUAUCUACCCAGAAGAAAUGAUCCAAACUGGUAUCUCUGCUAUCGAUGUCAUGAACUCUAUUGCUCGUGGACAAGUAAGUAUUGCUAUCUUAUGAUCCAGAAAUGCAUCAGUAUCUAAAAUACAAUUCAUUUCAGAAAAUCCCAAUUUUCUCCGCCGCCGGUUUGCCACACAAUGAAAUCGCCGCCCAAAUUGUACGUCAAGGAGGUCUUGUCCAACUUCCAGACAAACCACAUCAUAUCACCAACUUCGCUAUUGUUUUCGCCGCUAUGGGAGUUAACAUGGAAACUGCUCGUUUCUUCAAGCAAGAUUUCGAAGAGAACGGUUCAAUGGAAAAUGUGUGCUUGUUCCUUAACUUGGCUAACGAUCCAACCAUCGAACGUAUCAUUACUCCACGUAUUGCUUUGACUGCCGCCGAAUUCUUGGCUUAUCAAUGCGAGAAACACGUGUUGGUCGUACUCACUGAUAUGUCCUCAUACGCUGAAGCUCUUCGUGAGGUAAGAUAGCAUCGAAACAUUUUCAAAGAUCAAUAUUAAUCAAUUCAUUUUUUUCAGGUUUCCGCUGCUCGUGAAGAAGUCCCCGGUCGUCGUGGUUUCCCAGGUUACAUGUACACAGAUUUGGCCACCAUCUACGAACGUGCCGGUCGUGUCGAAGGACGUGACGGUUCAAUCACUCAAAUUCCAAUUCUUACUAUGCCAAACGACGAUAUUACUCACCCUAUCCCUGAUUUGACUGGUUACAUUACUGAAGGACAAAUCUACGUCGAUCGUCAACUCCACAAUCGUUUGAUCUACCCACCAAUCAACGUACUUCCAUCACUCUCACGUCUUAUGAAAUCUGCUAUCGGAGAAGGAAUGACCCGUGAAGAUCACUCUGAUGUUUCUAACCAGCUUUACGCUUGUUACGCUAUCGGAAAAGACGUGCAAGCCAUGAAGGCCGUCGUCGGAGAGGAAGCCUUGUCUUCUGAUGAUUUGUUGUAUCUUGAAUUCUUGAUCAAAUUCGAAAAGACCUUCAUCACCCAAGGUAAGAACAUCUAGAAUAAAUAAAUGUUCUAUGACUACUUUGUUAUAUUUUCAGGUCACUACGAAAACAGAACAGUCUUCGAAUCUUUGGAUAUUGGAUGGCAAUUGCUCCGUAUCUUCCCACGUGAAAUGCUCAAACGUAUUCCAGAAAAGACCCUUGAGAAAUACUAUCCACGUGGAGGAGCCAAAGAAUAA